AUGGCCAUCCUCUACCCUGUGCAUCUCCCCUGCUGCCCCGUCCGUCGGGCAGCUCUCACUGCUGGCAGGAAAGGGCGUUUCUUUAAGUGGACAUCACCUCCAGAAGCCAUUGAACGCUUUAAAUCUCAAGAAAUACGGUUUGGUCCACCUCAGUUCUAUGAAUUUUGUAGGCUGUGCAACUUCUCUUCCCUCCAUGAGUUACAUAAGUUCAGCUCUGAUCGAGCUCUGGAGGGAUGUGAACGCUGGAUGUCUGUGACGUUAAGUGCUUCAGAUGGCUACAUUGUGCUAUUGCCAGGAGAUGAGUUAUAUCCAGAAGAUCCAGAUUAUACAGGAGAAAAGAAAAUAGUCAUGUCAACAGAUAAGAAGGUUGAAGAUGUCAUGAAAGAGGGUAGUGUAUUUCACAGGAUGAUAAUAAAAAACAUCAACAAUCUUGCUGUCUAUGUUAAUAUUCAAGCAAAAUACAAACAUAUUAAUCCAUUGAUGAUAAACUCUGCUUGUUCAGAUUACAGUAGCAAAUUAUAA